CUGCAGUGUCAAAUAUUUGUCUUCCUCGGAGCUCGAACCAUAUAUAUCUAUAUAUAAGCAAGGGAUGCCACUGAGAUAAACCCAUCUUUGUUCAUUCAUAUAUAAUUAAGACAGGAAGCUUCAAGAAAAGAGAAUCAGAAACUACAACUGUGUUGCCAAAAGGUUUCACUACGAUGAACAGUUCAAGCAGGUUGAAGGAUAACAAACCCGAACAUGUGAUCCUUGAUAGAAACCAUUCAUGCCCUGAAGAUAUGAAGAUCAUGGAUUCGGAGUCUGUUGCAAGCACAAGUGAACAAGUGCAGCAUAAGCCAGUGCCUGUGUUUUCUAUGCCUGAAGCAGUGGUUUUCUCUUCCCCAAGACCAGUUAGUGAGCUUGAUGCUGCAGCAACUAAACUUCAGAAAGUCUACAAGAGUUACCGUACUCGAAGAAACCUUGCAGAUUGUGCUGUUGUGGCGGAGGAGCUCUGGUGGAGUUCUGUUUCACACUUUGAUGUUCAGAAACAAGAAACCGCUGAUGAUGGAAAAGGUUUGUCCAAGGAUGACAAUGCACAAAAAUUAGUCCCGCAUUAUUGGCUCGAAGCUAUUGACCCACGUCAUCGACAUGGAAGCAAUUUGCGCUUGUAUUAUGAUAUUUGGUUUGAAAGCCAAAGCAUCCAACCAUUUUUCUACUGGUUGGAUGUUGGAGAUGGUAAAGAAAUAAAUCAUGUCAAAUGCUCAAGGGCUACCCUACAACGCCAGUGCAUUAAGUAUCUUGGACCAAAAGAAAGGCAAGAAUAUGAAGUAAUUGUUGAAAAUGGGAAACUGGUCUACAGACACGAUGGAAGACUUGUGCAUACUGAUGGAAACUCCAAAUGGAUGUUUGUUCUUAGCACCUCAAGGGCCUUGUAUGUGGGGCAGAAGCAGAAGGGUACAUUUAUGUACUCUAGCUUUCUAGCUGGGGGUGCAACAAGGGCUGCUGGCAGAUUAGUGGCUCAGCAGGGUGUACUUGAGGCUAUUUGGCCAUACAGCUCCCACUAUCACCAAACAGAAGAGAACUUCAAAGAAUUUAUAAGCUUUCUUGAGGAGCACAAUGUAGACCUCUCUAAUGUCAAGAGAUGUGCUAUACAUGAUGAUGCUCCUUCAUUUGUUGGGACCAAUUCAUUUACUGACAUUAAUGAAUCACAAGAAGAAUGCAACAGUUCAUGAAGAGGUUGAGGCGAAGAAGAAUGCAACUUAGAUUGGUAAUUUUGUUUGAUUAGACAAGAUUGACUUCAAAUAACAAUCAAGCAAGUUAAGUAAGUACAAUUUUCUCCUUUCUGUUCCUAUAUGCUCAAAGCUUCAAAGCUGUACUGUUGUUGCAUUUUCCAGUUCAUUGUAAUUUGCCUUUCCAUGUAAUCGCGUCUCUGUUCACUGUCA